CAAAGAAAUCUUGUUGUGAUAGGGGUGGAGCAGCACGCAGUCUGCGAAAUAACAGAUGAGAAAAAAAAAUCAAGCGUCUCAGUAAGAACCAGGAAUUACUGGGAGAGUGAAACGCUAGUUACGUUAGUAAGACCUUUAGACGCAUGUUCCGCGGAGAAACGGAACUAUUCUACUGGGUCUCUAAGGUUCCUGCCCGGAUUUUGACAGUCGCUUCCGUUGCUCAGCGGAAGCGUGGGUCGCAGAGGACAACUCUGGGAAGAACCCGCUAUCGUCUGUGUGAAAAACUAGAAUCAUGUCGAGUUUGUCAGUGAGAGACCCGGCAAUGGAUCGAUCACUGCGUUCCGUGUUCGUGGGAAACAUUCCGUAUGAGGCAACUGAGGAGCAGUUGAAGGACAUUUUCUCGGAGGUUGGUUCCGUUGUCAGUUUCCGGCUCGUAUAUGAUAGAGAGACGGGAAAGCCCAAGGGUUAUGGCUUCUGCGAGUACCAAGACCAGGAGACCGCGCUUAGUGCCAUGAGAAACCUCAAUGGGCGUGAGUUUAGUGGGAGAGCGCUUCGGGUGGACAAUGCUGCCAGUGAAAAGAAUAAAGAGGAGUUAAAGAGCCUCGGGCCUGCCGCGCCCAUCAUUGACUCUCCUUAUGGGGAUCCCAUCGAUCCAGAAGAUGCUCCCGAAUCGAUUACCAGAGCAGUGGCCAGUCUUCCUCCAGAGCAGAUGUUUGAGCUGAUGAAGCAGAUGAAGCUCUGUGUUCAAAACAGUCACCAGGAAGCUCGAAACAUGUUACUUCAAAACCCACAGCUGGCUUACGCACUGCUGCAGGCACAAGUAGUCAUGAGAAUCAUGGAUCCUGAGAUUGCUCUGAAAAUUCUCCAUCGAAAGAUACACGUCACCCCACUGAUCCCAGGCAAAUCUCAGUCUGUCUCUGGCCCCGGCCCUGUGUCUGGCCCUGGCCCUGUCUCUGGCCCUGGCCCUGUUUCUGUCUCUGGGCCUGGCCCUGGACUUUGCCCAGGACCCAAUGUUCUGAUGAACCAACAGAAUCCUCCAGCUCCUCAGCCUCAGCAUUUGGCGAGAAGACCUGUGAAAGACAUUCCUCCUCUGAUGCAGACUCCUAUCCAGGGUGGAAUUCCAGCUCCGGGGCCAAUAGCAGCUGCGGUUGCAGGACCUGGACCUGGUCCUGGUUCCUUAACUCCUGGAGGGGCAAUGCAGCCACAAGUUGGAAUGCCAGGAGUUGGUCCUGUCCCUUUAGAGCGGGGACAAGUGCAGAUGUCAGAUCCUAGAGCUCCUAUUCCUCGAGGCCCCAUGAGUGCUGCUGGCUUACCUCCUCGAGGACUGUUAGGAGAUGCUCCAAAUGAUCCACGUGGGGGGACUUUGCUUUCAGUUACUGGAGAAGUAGAACCCAGAGGUUACAUGGGUCCACCUCAUCAGGGUCCUCCCAUGCACCAUGCCUCUGGUCAUGAUAACCGUGGCCCUUCUGCACAUGAUAUGAGAGGAGGGCCAAUAGCAGAUGCCAGACUGCUUAUUGGAGAGCCCAGAGGACCCAUGCUAGAUCAAAGGGGUCUACCUAUGGAUGGCAGAGGAGGUAGAGAGUCUCGAGGGAUGGACACUCGAGUGAUGGAAACUGACGUUUUAGAGACUCGAGUAAUGGAGAGAAGAGGAAUGGAGACCUGCGCUAUGGAAACCAGAGGGAUGGAAGCAAGAGGCAUGGAUGCAAGAGGAUUAGAAAUGCGGGGGCCUGGCCCUACUUCCAGAGGUCCUAUGACUGGUGGAAUCCAGGGUCCUGGCUCCAUUAAUAUAGGGGCAGGUGGCCCCCAGGGACCUAGACAGGUCCCAAGCAUUUCAGGAGUGGGGAAUCCUGGAGGUGGCAUGCAGGGAGCAGGCAUGCAGGGGGCAGGGAUGCAGGGAGCAGGCAUGCAGGGGGCAGGGAUGCAGGGGGCAGGCAUGCAGGGGGCAGGCAUGCAGGGGGCAGGCAUGCAGGGGGCAGGCAUACAAGGAGGAGGAAUGCAGGGGGCAGGCAUACAAGGAGGAGGAAUGCAGGCAGCAAGUAUGCAGGGGGGAAGCAAGCAAGGUGGAGGCCAGCCUAGCAGCUUUAGUCCUGGGCAGAGUCAGGUAACUCCACAGGAUCAGGAAAAAGCAGCUUUGAUCAUGCAGGUUCUCCAACUGACUGCUGAUCAAAUUGCCAUGCUGCCUCCAGAGCAAAGGCAGAGUAUCUUGAUUUUAAAAGAACAAAUCCAGAAAUCUACUGGAGCUUCUUGAAAAGUUUUGGAAAGUAUUUGGGUUAAGUUGCAUAAAGUUAAUUCAGUAGUGUAGAAUAUGAGUACAAAAAGUUGACUUCUGCACCCCAUGCAUUAUUGAUUUGUUUUUCCUCCUCCUAGAACCUAAUCUCAUUUCUUCUUGUCUUUUUUUUUUUUUUUUUUUUUAAUUGAGGGUAGGGAUAAGAGGGAGUUGGUCUGUUCAUUUUAGGUCACUGUAAAUAUACAAAAAUAACUGAAAAUGAUUAUGCCAAAUAACAUUACAAAGAAUGUGCAGCAAUAUUGAAAUGUCAGAAUAUGUUAAUUACAUUGAGUAAAACUGAAAACUGCACUUAAAGACUAAAAGGUGACAUGUUAAAAUGUUAAUGUACGAAGUUUUAAGACUAUUCGGUUAUAUAACAAAUUUACCUCAAAGUUAUAUAUUUUUCGGUAAACCAUUCAAAAUGCAAAAUCCUGUUUUAGAGUCAAUAGACUGCUAUAAUAUAUUAAACAUUAUUUUAGUUUUUUUGGAAGCAUUUUGAAAUGUUAGAGCUAACAGGAUAAGUAAAUUGGUGGUACUAGAGUUUUUUAAAAAGCUAUGUGACCCUAAAAAAUUGGAAUCUAUCUGGUUUGAUGUUGCUUCCUGUGAUUUCACUUUUUAUAGACUGGCAAAACUGGCCUGGUCCAGACUGUAAUGAUAUUCUUGGAAUACUUGUAGGAUAGUCCAAGUUUACUUAAGUUUCCUCUGAAGAGAUCUAAUAAUCUCUCAGUACCUUCCUAUUUCUUAGAAGUGUUUAAGCCCUAAGUUUGACUCUGAAAAUUUUCUCAUAUCCUUGUCAAAAAUCAGGGACUCAUAUGAAUGAGUUACACACAGCAUUGGCCUUUUCAUAAAUAGAAAGUUUCAUUCAGUAAAGUUUUUGACUUCCUGGUAACCAGCCUCCAUGUAUAUGGUAUCCAUUUGGCCAGCUGGAAUCAGGAGUUUAAAAUAUUUUUAAUCUUAAUAUUCACCAUGCCUUUUUAUUUAUGAUUUGCUUUUCUGUCAUUUUAUCAGAAUGCUUGAGGCCUAGGUAGCUAGAGACACCGGUAUAAAUUCAAAACUCUUCACUUGAUAGUCAUUUCACUUUUUACAAAUAAUAAAGCCACUUAGCAAUGCAUAUCCAUAAGAUAUAUUUGCAAUCAUUAGGAAAUGUGGCAUUAGGGAUUAUGACAUCAUUAACACUUUUUUUAUUAGGUGCUACCUAAUUUAUUUUUAAGCCUUGAGGAUAUGGACACAAAUGUUUGUAUUAUAGUCCAAGUAGCAAUUAACAAGUGUAAACUCCCAAAUACCCAAGGUGAUGAUCUUCAAGAGAAGAAAAUCUAGUCUUAAAUUACAGAAGAAAAAUAUUUAAUACAAGGUUAAGAGCUGAGUCUUAGGAGUUAUUUUCCCUUUGUAAAGGUUUUACAUUUUAAAUGUGUAAUUCAUUAUUUUCAGUUUCUAUCCCUGUGCUGUUUUCUACUAGUUUUACUCUUUUUUGUAGUUGUUUAUACUGUUGUUUCCCAUAUUUUCUGUGUUUUAUCUAUACUAGAGAGGAUAAUUCUGCACAUUCGUGAUUGUUCUGGCAAAUAACAUAAUUCAUAGAAUUGGCUAGCUUACUUUGUAAUUGUUUAUCCUAAAGCUUUCACUGAAGGGCUCUGUGAAAACUGUUAAAUGUUAUAGUCUUUGUUCCGGUGAAAAAUCUCUGCAUUGUUUAUUGAAGACUAAAUAAAAAGGUUGUACAUUUAAAGUUGACUGUAGUAUUUCUUAC